UCAAGCAAUCUCUAGAAAUAUGACUAAAUAUAAUGUAGGAGAUAAAGUUUAUGUUAAGGAAACUCAAAUUAGCGAUAAAGCUCAGAAUAAAUUUAACGGUCCGUAUGAAAUUCUUGAAGUAUUUGAAACUUCAGCCACUGUCAAAAAUUUAACUACCGAACAAAUUUCAAAAUUCAAUUUUGACAAGUUUAAACCUUAUUACGAUUAGAUUAAAUUUCUUUCAGGAUCUUGGGACUGAUCUCUACAGUCGCACCCCAAUUCCUCAUUACUCCAGUAAAUAAUACAGUAGGCAUCUUCUACCAUGAAGAAAGUAAUUUAAGAAUAUCCAACAACAAAUGGACGCUGCUAGUCUAUAAGGAACUAGAACCUCUGCGAGAAGCCAUACGACAUAAUAAUAAAAUACUUUCCUCUCUCACAGAAAUGUUAGACGAUUCUUCUCCUCGUAUGACAGCCUUCAAAACAAAUUGCAGUGCAUUUAUUGGAAGCUCCAGAGUACGAGCUAAAUACUUUGUCGAAGAAUAUAAGAACGUGACCUACAAGAGCCACGCCGUGGAGAUUCCAUAUGAUUGCUGUUCUCACAUUCCAGAGAAGUUUCAACCCCCAGAGUUGAAACCCCUGAAGCUAAGUAAGAUCGACACCGACGACCUUAACGUGGCCCAACACAAGCUGCACGAAUAUUCGGAAAAAUUAGAAAACCUACUUCAUCAACCAACCCUUCAGAAACAUUCUCACUGGCUGACAAUUAUUUCGAUUAUUUUAAUGAUUGUUUUAGUACUUUGCUAUUUCGUUUGCAAGUGCCGGAGAAAGAAACCGACAACACUCAGCAUCGCCGAUGGUAACGAUCCCCAACAACCUCCGAAGCCAAGUCGAAGACCCCUGCUCCCGAUGCAACUCAAAUCACUAACUCCGAAAAGACGGACUAGCAUCCACCCAGAAGUAACUACCCGAGAAGCUACGCUUUAAUUAGUCUACGAAAAGCUGCAGCUAGGCUCCACCUUUUCACUUAAUGGGGGAGCUGUUAUAUCCGGAAAUCCUAUUGUCCAUAUGGGUUAAAUGCCACCGACCUGCAA